CCAUCACAGCAGAAACCACACCAGAAAGCCACUCGCCAUGGCAUCUUCUCAUCUUCCCUGCGCCACCACUAUCUCCGCCACCCUUCCUCUUCCCUCUGCCCAGCCUCUCUUUGCGAAGCCAUCACAUUUCCUCACCCAUGCAAAGCGCAGCCCCCGUCUCCAGGUUUCUUGCGCCACCGCCCCAAACAAAAACGACUCCGUCGAUGACACUCCCCAGGGGAAGGUCGACAGGAGGAACAUGCUUCUUGGUUUAGGCGGCCUGUACGGUGCAACCAACCUGGUUUCCACUCCGGGGGCCUCCGCAAAUCCCAUACAACCGCCGGAGCUGGACAAGUGUGGCGUUGCUACAAACGCCGCGAACCAGAAACCUGUAGAGUUCAGUUGUUGCCCCCCGGUUACUCAAAGAAUCAUUGAUUAUAAGCUUCCCCCUGUUUUCCAGAUGAAAAUCAGGCCAUCUGCUCAUAGGGUUUCCCCUGAAUACAUAUUCAAGUACAACAUGGCCAUAGAUCGGAUGAAACGUCUGCCACAAGACGACCCACGUAAUUUCCUACAGCAGGCUAAUAUUCACUGUGCUUACUGCAAUGGCGCUUAUGACCAGCCGGGACAGGGCACGCUGGACCUUCAAGUCCACGAAUCUUGGCUUUUCUUCCCUUUCCACAGAUGGUACCUCUAUUUCUACGAGAGGAUCUUGGGGAAAUUGAUUGGUGAUCCCACUUUCGCCUUGCCAUUUUGGAACUGGGACAAUCCUAAGGGCAUGACCAUGCCGCCCAUGUUCGUGGAUCCUAGGUCCGCUCUCUAUGACGAAAAGCGAGACCCUGCCAGCCUCCCGCCCGCCGUGGUGGAUCUUGGAAACACCCAAGUCACUGACCCGCUUCAGUUGGUGGCCAAUAACCUUACCAUUAUGUACAGUGAGAUGAUUCGUGUUAACGCAAACGUCUAUGACUUCAUGGGGCAGCCUCUCCGCGAAGGCGGCAAACCUAAAGGUGGCGGAUCCUCUGAACGUGGAUCUCACACAUCUGUUCAUAUCUGGGUUGGAGAUCCGAACCAGCCCACCCGCGAGGACUUGGGGAACUUCUACUCGGCAGGUCGGGACCCGUUGUUUUACUGCCACCACGCUAAUGUGGACCGCAUGUGGACAUUGUGGCAAUAUUUCUUGCCCAGCAACAAAGUCCCGGACAAGAGGAUUACUGACCCUGAUUUCCUCAACGCUGCCUUCUUGUUCUACGAUGAGAAUGCUCAGCUCGUGCGCGUCACUGUCAAGGACUGUUUGGAUAACCUGAGAAUGGGAUAUGAUUUCGAAAGAAUCGACCUGCCGUGGCUGGACUACAGACCUCCGCGGCAGACGGCCAAGGCCAAGGUCCUUAGAACGAGCAGUACUGCCCCGAAGGCCUCCACCCUGUUCCCUCUGAAUCUUGACAAAGUUGUCCGCUUCCAAGUCGACAAAACAAAGAAGGGCAAAGCCGACGAGUUGCUGGUGCUGGAAAACAUAACAGUCGAUACAACGAAGUUCCUUAAGUUCGAUGUUUUCGUGAACGAUGAGGACGACAACGCCACCGAGCUCGACAAGGCGGCAUACCUUGGGACGUACGCUCAGGUGCCACACAAAACCCCCAACAAAACCGCCACGAGCACCAUCAGGAUGAAGCUGACGGAACUUUACGACGACAUGGAUAUCAGCGACGAUGACAGCAUUGUGGUAACGCUGGUUCCCAGGCAUCAGGGGCCCGGCGUUACUAUUGGUGGUAUCAAGAUCAUUGAGAAUCCGUCAGACAACUAAUCAAAUCCAGUUGGUCAAUCCGAGGAGCCUUGCUAUUUUGGCUAUUAUCUGGUGUGCACUCCCGGUCUGUCAAGAUGAAUUUGUGUGAAUAAAGAUUUCCUGCAUGAAAUCCUGUGUUAUGGUUUGGUUUAGUUAAUCCUUGUAAGUUUGUUGAUCAUCUGCCCCGGGGAAUGUGAUCGUGCUUUCUAAAUUUCGAAAUAAAUUGAUGAGUUUGAUCAA